AUGCUAAUUUUCAUUUUACCGUUUUUGAUUGUAUACUUUAUAGAAAUUAGCAGAAAACAUAACGCAAUAAAUGGGAAUACGAUUUGGUUUGACAAUUUAAACAAAGAAAAGAAUUUAAGAUAUUAUAGCUCUGGUAUUUUAGACAAAUGCUGUAUGUGGUAUUAUUUAAAUGACGACUUUUUUGAUAUACAUUAUUUAAAAAAUGAUGACAGCAUACAAAAAAAAAAAAAAAACGAAAAAAAAAAAAUACAACCGGCUGAUUCGGACACGUUUAUCCAUUCUAAAGAUAAUAUGAACAAGCACAUUAUGACAGAUAAUAUUUGUUCUAGUGAUAUACUUAUUUUAUUAAAUAAAAAAAAGGUUGGAUGCAAAUCACUGUCGUCUUACAUAGUAAUGGAAAGUAAAGAAGAAAAUGCUAAAAAAAAACAUAUUACCAUAGAAUACCUUGUAAGCAGUUAUAUUUUUAUUCCUCAAAAUUAUAUAACUGUAUAUAAUAAUAAUAUUGAAAGAAAAAAUGUUUAUAUAAUAUCUGAUAAAAAUAAGAAAAUACAGAUUUGUGAAAAUAGUCAUUUUACAGUUUAUUAUGAUAAUAAAUAUAUAAAAAAUGCUUUUAUCAAAUGUGUUAAGGGUGAACUAGAAAUAUAUGUUGCUGCAAAAGGUACGCCAGCCAUCACAAAAAUAUUUGUACAAAUACAUAAUACAUGCAAGUUUAUAUUUUUCCCCAUUAUUGUACGAAUUUAUGAAUUACACACGUUGCUUCCGAAUGGUGCACAUUUCGCUGAAGGUGCCCUCGUUAAUUUGGUUCUCAAAAGGAGGGACAAUGAAAUUGACAAUAAUAAUUACAAGUGUGAACGUUACAAAAUGAAGAAUAUACUUAAACGAUCAUUCACUGCUCAAAUGAUAGAAGAAAUGGGGAAAAUAUAUUUAAAAAAGGGAAACCAUAGAACAAACAAAAUAAUAGAAAAUAUAAAUCACGUAAAUUUAUUAAAAUGUCUAGAAAAAAAUUAUAUAAUAAAUUUUAAUAAUAAUUAUAAAAUAUUACCAAAUGAAAAUUAUGAUAUUAUAUCCAAAGAAAAGAUCAAACUUAAAAAAUUAUCAAAUAAUGAAAAUAGGACAGUUAUUACUGUUAUAAAUAUAUGGAGUAAACAAAAGUUUUCAGCGAUUAUAUACAUAUAUUCAAUAAAAGAAAAAAAAUUAAAUUGUUUAUAUCCAACAUUUUUUGAUAAUUUCCAAGUUUUUUCUGAAUUCAAUUCAAAGACAUAUAAAAAAGAUACAGAAUUAGCAAAUGAACUUUUAAUGAACAAAGAAAUAAAACACCUAAAAAAUCAUUUUUUCUAUAAAAAUAAAUAUUAUUUUGACGAUUUAUAUAUAGAGAGAUAUUUCAAAAUAAACAACCAAAUAAACAACCAAGAAAUUUUUGUUUCAGGAAAGGUCUAUCUUUGUAUUUUAACAUUAUAUUCUGAGCAUGGAGUACAAUUAACAUACCUAAACAGAGGUAAUCACAAUUGCAAUUGGGAUAUACACCCAAAGAAGGGUAAUUAUAAUAUUUAUUCAAUCUAUAGCUUUGACGAAAAUAUAACAAAUUUGUUCUUAGCAACAUAUUCUAUUAAUGACAAAAGGGUAAUACGAAAAAUUGAGGUAACUCAUGAUAUUAAUAUUAGUGAACAGAGUAAUAAUCAAAAUAAAAUUUUUAUAAAUGUCCAUGUGGAGAAGCCGAUACAUUGCUUCAUAAAAAAUGAUAUAAGUAUGACCUCUGUUUUUAUGCUAUUGCCGAAUGAGAAACUGUAUUACAAUUGCAAAGGAUUGAAUAAUAGAGACAACCCUAAGAUAAUAAUAUUUAACAAAUAUAACUUUUUGCGUAUUAUGGCUACUGAUAAAGUUAUAGAAAUUGUUCAAAAAGAUUCGACAAAUACAUAUAGUAGUUAUAAUAAUAAAAGGGAUAAAAAAAAUGAUAAUGAUGAUAAACCGAUGAAAUUUGAAAAUCAAAAAAGUGUGAAUAAAAAAGAAAAAUUGGGAAGGUUAAAGAAUAAUCCUAUUGUUGUUUCUUUAGUAUUUUGCUCUAAACAUAAUUUGAUUAAUUGUUUUGUCUCCAGAAUUUAUUUAGUAGAUCAAAUCAAUGAGUUUAAAAUUGUUGUAGAAAAGCCAAAUAUAGAAGUAGGAGAAAUAACAAAUGUUUAUCUUUUUAUGGAAUCUAAAUUAGACAACCCGAUAUAUGCAAAGCAGUGGAAAUACCUGAAGCAUAGAAGAAACAGUAAUAUACGAAAAGAGGCAGACUAUAUAAGAAAUGCAUCGUCGUGCAAUGAACCGAAUUGCAAUAGAGGUUUGAGCAAUUUUUAUGGUAAUGUUUCUAAUCAGAAUAAAAGUGAAUAUAUAAAGAUUAGUAGUUGCUUCAGAACACUGCAUAAAGAUAUCUUAAUUGUAUAUGAGGAUAAAUUUGUUCAUGUAAUAAAUAAAUAUUGGAACUUUUCAAAGAUUAAAGAAGAGUUUAAGGAUGCUUGUGCAUUUAUUCAAAUCAAAGGAAAAAUCGGAAAAAAAUCAAAUCGUAUUAAUAUGAUAUAUAAAAAAGAUGGAAAAAUAAAAAAAAAUGCAUACAGAGAAUUUGAUAUAUAUGAUAAAAUAAAAGGAAUUUUAUGCCAAGAUUUUGUUUGUAGUAAAUUUAUAAAAUUUAACGAGGUUAGCAAUUUGAUAAUAUAUGACGGAUUUUAUAGUAUUCCCAAUAAGAUAUCGGUUUUUUCUGAAAAUGCUAAUAAAAAUAUAAUUAUAAAAGAGAAUAGAACAUUUAAUAAUUAUAAUUCCUCUUGGUUUAUAUUUAAAAACAUUUUUUUAUUAAAAACAUUUGGCAAUGUAUUUUUUUUUCUCUAUGAAAAUAGGGAACAAUCUAUUUACAAAAAUAUGUUCACUGGUAUGGUUUCUAUCGAGCAUACCAGAUUUAAUGAUGCAAGACACUUAUAUAAUAGGAAAUUGUUCCAAUAUGACAUCGAAUUUUCUGGUUUACCCUCAGUUAAUAAAUUUAAUGAUGGACAACUCACAAGAAACACUUAUAGUGACAAUAAUAAAAUGAGGAAACGAAGUAAAGAUAAUCAAUUAGAAAAGGAAUACAACAUAUCAGGCUUUAACAAUUAUCACUUUUUUUAUAAUUCCUUUUUUCGUGUUCAAAAACAAUUUUUUAUUUAUUGCUAUUCAAACAAAAAUAAAAAACAAAUAUCAUCUAACAUAAUGAUAGAAAUGAUGGGCAAUGAAAAUGAAUCAAAUAUUUCAACAAAUAACUUUUUACCAGUUCAUUUUAAAUAUCCAUAUUCAAUUAAAGUAGCUAUUUUUGAUAAUCACAUAACCGAUUUAUAUGUAAUAAAUGGAUCAACUUUAUUUUUAUUUAAAAAUGACACCUAUUAUAUAAAAACAUUUUUGGUAGAUGAAAAUGAAAAUGUGAUUUUAACAAAUGAACCAUUUACAUAUAAGUUAGAACCCUAUCGAAAAAACUUUUUUGAAAUAUGUUUCGAAAACAAAUCACAUUAUUUAGAUGCUCAUAAUAACAUAGAAGAACCAAAUGAACAUGUAAUCAGAACAAAUAAUAAAAUAUCUUUUAAUUAUAAAAAUGAUUUACAAAAUGAUAAUUGUAAUAUAAAAAGUGAUACAAGCGGAGUCAAAAGCUUAUUCAAAUGUAAAGGAAACCAGUUUUUUUUAAGUAUUACAUAUUCAUACGAAAAUGAGCAUGUCUAUAAUUAUUUUGAGAAGUAUUUUACUCUUUAUUUUUACGAUAAUAUAUAUGCAUGCUAUAAUACUUUGGUUCUUUUAUAUUCUCCCUUUAUUUAUUAUAAAUUUUAUGUAUUCCUUCCCCAAAAUAAUCACAUUCGCCCUGAAAAUUUGAUAGAAUCAUUUAAAGGAAAUAAACAAAUAGAAGUUUUACGUUUCAUACGAGGUUGUUCCAUAGACUAUUCAGAUGUAAAAAAUGGAAGUCAAGAUUUUUCAGCUAAUUCUAUUAAUUCUGAUUCGUCAUGUGAAUAUAGAGCCGGUGAAAAAAAACAGAUCGUCGUAAAUCUGGACAACUAUAUGAGUAGUAGACAAAAUAAAUGCAAAAGUAAGUAUGCAAAUGGAAUUCCUCUAUAUAUUAAUUCAAAACAUGAAACAAAAGGUAUUUUGACAAUAGGGCAUGAAUUAAUAUACACAACAAACCCAUUAAAAAUGAAAAUAUAUAUAGACAAAAUAUGGAAAGUAAAAAUAUCAACAGUAAAGAAAUAUUAUCAAGUUGCAGAUAAAAUAAUUUUACGGCUAGAAUUUUUAAACAAAUAUAAUAAAAAAUUUGAUUUUGUUGCUCAUAAAAAUAUAAACAUAAAGUUAUUCCAUAAUUAUAAUAACAACAUUACGAUGAAGCCUAUUGAUAUAUAUUCUCCUCACCAUAAUAACUUAUUAAAAGAAAUAAAAAAGAAAUUUUCAAUAAAUGAUGAAAUAAAGUCAGACACAUUCUACAAUAUUAAUAUAAAGGAAACAGGAAAAUAUUUUAUACAAAUUGAAAUAAAAUACAAAUUGUAUAAAAACACAUAUCUUCGUGUAGUUUCUAACAUGAUAGAAAUUAUUAUUUACAAAAAAGGGGUAUUACUUAAUCCAACAACAAAUCAAAUUGUUUUACACCCAUUCAACCAAACAAUGGAGAUUGUUUUUCAAUUUGAUCACCCAUUUAUAUCAACUGCUUUGUGUGUUGUUAGAGAUGAAGACAAUAUGUCGUAUGAUCAAGAUAAACAAACAAAUCCAAUAAUAUUUGUUGAGCAAGUUGAGAAACUAAAUCAAGGAAAAAAUAUUUAUAUGUGUUCCAUAAAAACAGGUAAUCGAAUUGGAAAAGCAAAAUUGCACAUAUAUCCAAUAUUCCAUAGUUAUUAUGAAAUAUUUAGUUGGUCUAUGGAAAAAGAAAAAUUAAUUAAUCGAUUGGAUCUUACUUUUGAAGAAAUAGAACUCUAUUACCAAAAUCACAAAAAAUACUGCAACUAUGACAAUAUCAAUCAAUACAAAGUGUAUGCGAGCAAAUGUGGUAAAUAUAAAAUAGAAUGUAUAGACAAUGAAGAAGAAAACAUUCGUUAUUUUUAUUCUUUUAAAAUAGAUAUAAUUGUAGAUUAUAUAGAUUCUAUCGAUUUAUUCACUAAUCUUAUCACCAAAAAUUUGAAUUCAGAUAUGGAAAAUGAAAAUCUUGAAAAUGGCAUCAUUUACUUACCUAGUAACAAUAGCAUAAAUACUUUUGUUAGUUUUUAUUCUAGGACAGAAAAACUGCCUUUCACAUUUAUCGAUUUUAAUAGUAUAUAUAAAAAUAAUUUAAAUACGUAUAAAUUAGAAUAUUUUGUUAAUUAUAAAAAUAUAUAUUUAAACAACAAUAUAGAGAAUAUUAGAUAUUUAGAAAAAAUGCAUUACCAGGAAAACAAGGACUCCUUAAAAUCUAUGAGCACAAAUUUAGAGAAUGAGCGAAAUAAAAAAAUAUUAACCAAUUUAGUGAAAGAAUUUAAUCCUUUUAUAUCUAUUAAAUCAUUCAAAACAGGGGAUUAUUUGUUUUAUGCAAACUUAAUUAGUGAUGCUAAUAAUAGUGUCGUUUCUCAAGUAUACAACAUCAUUUUUUUAAAAAAAAAUAGUAGUUAUAUAGAGUAUGAUAGAAAUAUCCCAUUUCUUCAUUUUGGGGCAAAUAGCAUUUACAAAUUUAAUCGAAAAUAUUUUAACCUCAAAACAUUGAGAAAAUAUUUAUAUUUGUCUUUGUCAUCUGGAAUCACUGUAAAUACGGGUGCUGAAACAAACAAUUUUCUUCCUUUAUAUUAUUAUAGCAAUAAACAAUCGAAAAUCAAAAAUAAUACAGCCAAUAUAAGUAAGAACGUAUUUGAAAAAAAAAUAAAAGUUAAGAUAAGUACCAUUUUUGGAGCUAAUGUAAAUAAUUAUUAUUCUAAAUAUAUUCCACUAAAUACUAUACAACAGUUUUUAAUAAGCUUAUAUAAUAAAAAUUUUGAACCUAUUUUAUUUCCACUGAACGCUAGGCUGGUUAUAAAUAUAUCACAUAGUAGUAUAUUAUCAGCAUUAAUUGUUAAAGGGAAAUAUAUUUUUAUAAUACCGCAUAAAAUAGGAUGCUCUUUUAUUAACAUAUAUUUAAAGUUAUAUAAAAAUUGUAGUAAUCCAUAUAACAAAUUUUGUGAAGCAAGUUAUGAUUAUAUCCAUUUAGAAAGUAUGCAUUUAUGUGUAACAAAACCAAUAAAAAUAAAAUACUUUUACAAAAAAAAUAACCUAUAUUACGUUAACAGAAUAUACAAAUUAUGGGGAUCUUAUAAUGAAGAUUUUUUUUUACAGCCAUUUGUAUCUCUCAAUUCAGUUAUUAAACAGAAUAAUAAACAAAAGGGUAAAAACACGCCAUUAAAUUGCUCAAAUUUUUACUAUAACUAUAUUUAUUCGAAGGAUAGCAGUUAUAUUCAAAAUUUGGGCGAUCUUUAUGAAUCCCCUUUGAAAUUAUAUUCAAUUAUUAAUGAGAACUAUACAGCUAUAAAGGUCUAA